GCGACCGUGCGCUGCGAACCACUACAGGCAGUUGGUGCGGCACUCGGCGGGCUGGCGCCUGACUAGGCUACGCGAGAUCACAGAUUUCUACUCGAAAGAUGAUCAACGGCUGAUUUCGCUCUGAGCACAAGCAUGGUUGUGGUGUUGACUCCAACUGCACUCCCUUUGAUAUUCCAGCUCAUGACACAGAGGGUGCCACAUUCCCAAGUCGGCUGUAUUUCGUGCACUUUCAGUGGUUGCCAGACAUGCCUCGAAAAGGCGCUCGAGGUGGCACCACUGCUGCUGGCAGGGCAGGUGCCGCAGCGCAAGUGACAGAGGUGCCGAGCGCGCCGGCCCAUACCUUCCAGCUCGUGGUGCUGCUCCUGUUGCAGGCAUCUCUCCUCGUCCUUGCAGUCCUCUACAUCCCGCAAGGCAUCUUUUCGCGCUCUCUGGACCGACCCAGGCCGACGUUGUACUCGGGUAUUUACGACAUGCUCAACCCCCCAGAUCAGCAUGAUCCCACCGCGGUGACGCAAAAAAUGACCCAGGCACUCAAAGGCGUGUUCGUCAUUCAGAGCUGGGUCGUUAGCAGACUCCGAUGGUGGUGGGAGGUGGGCCAGAAAAUUGAAAAGCGAGAGAGCAUCACGGAGCUCAAGAAGAAGCAGGGACUUAUGAAGCAAGCCGAGAGUCUCGUGUUGACGACGACCGCGUUGCCCAUACCUCUUGUGCUGUGUUUCCUGCUGCUCAUGCUCUUCGGCGCACCGGUCAAUGGUCAAUAUACACCAACACUGACGCUGGCUGCACAUCUAACGCUUCUGGGUUUGUAUGCACCGCUGCACAUUCUCGGAGAGGACUUCAAAAGCUGGCUGCGCAUUUUCUCGUCCUGGCCGGCAAACGCAAGGGAAAAAGUGCUGCUCGUCAUUACGGUGGGGCCAUUGUUCGGAGCCUGGCUUUCGUCUGCAGCACUCGCACUCGACUGGAACCGUCCCUGGCAGGCCUGGCCGACACCUUGCGUCCUAGGAGCUUUAGCUGGUACUCUGGGAGGUAAUGUCGUUGCAAUCUUCAUCUACCUCUUCCGUAGGUCGCAAUCGUCAAGGGAAGGUUAACGACGAAUCAUCAGCAUCUUAUGUUGCCAGCCCUUGUACGACACGCAAAUACGUGCCACAGACUGUUUACCGCUGUCACACGUAGGAGAGGCGCUCGCAAUGACAUGGCUUCGUGACCGCGUCUCCGCCCACGUUAGGGUGCGCCCUUGCCUUCCUAUGACUGAGUCUUCAGUUUUCGAUACUUUCUAGUGCCGCUUCAAGAAGCCCGAUUAGAGACAUCUGUGAUGAACGGGUCGAGGGCCGGCAUGAACGAGA